AUGUCGGAUAAUAAGCUUCUAACUCUUGGGCAGCGUGUAAUAGUGGUAGGUAAAGACGUGAAGGGGUCUGUAGCCUAUGUCGGCUAUCCUACCUUUGCAACCGGGAAGUGGAUUGGUGUUAUUUUAGAUGAAGCAAAAGGCAAGAACAAUGGUACGGUCCGCGGCCACGCUUACUUUACCUGUGAAGAAAACUAUGGUGUCUUUGUACGGCAAACUCAAAUCCAGAUGCUGGAUUCCGAAGACAAUCCUAUGGAGACAUCCAUGUCUACACAGUCUGAGCCAGAAAUUCGGUCAUCAGCCACUAAUAGACGAUUGAGCAGUUCACGAACCUCACUGGCGAGCAGUCGCCAGUCGCUCACUUCAUACGCGUCACCGACCACUGAGCAGGCCGCCUCACCCGAUAUGCCUAAGAGAUCGGCUUUUGUUGAGACUGGUUUUGUAGAAACCCUAACUCCUCAGUACACCCCUGGGCAAAGUAUCACGUCGCCACAACCGGCGUCUUCUAGCAUGGAGGACAAGAUAGCUAACAUCCAAGCUCAGCAAGAGAUCACCAACUUGAAAGCCGAAGUGGAAGACUUGAAAGAGAAACUGGAGACGAUAAAAAUCCGCAGAGCAGAGGACAGGGAGAAACUACGGGAGUUUGAGAGAGUCAGACUCCAGUUGGACCAAGCUAACGAGUUCAAAUCCAAGAUUAUGGAGUCACAAGCGCAGUUGCAACGUGACUUGCAGAGGGCGAAGCAAGAAGUUCGCGAAGCCCAAGAAGCUUUGGAAAUACACAACGAAGAGACAGCGGAACUCCAAGAGGCGGCCGAAAUGGCAGCAUUGGAUAAAGAGAUGGCAGAAGAAAGAGCCGAGGCCUUGCAAAUUGAGCUUGAGCAGUGUAGGGAGAAGCUGGAAGAAGCUACACUGGACUUACAGCUUAUGAAAGCGGAGAUGGAAGCCGGAGGGAAUAUCCAGCACCCGUACGUAGAGUCCGGCGCCACCGGCUACGAGAUGAGGCAGCUUCAGCAACAGAACGUGCGUCUGAGGGACACCCUCGUUCGUCUCAGGGAUCUCUCCGCGCAUGAUAAGCAUGAGAUGCAGAAGAUGCAUAAGGACUUAGAACAAUACAGAUCUGAGAUAGCAGAACUGUCCCGCACUAAAGAGAAGCUGUCGUCUCGGGUCGAAGAGCUCGAAGCUCAGGUAGCUGACCUCCGGGAACAGGUGGACGCUGCGUUAGGUGCUGAAGAAAUGGUGGAGCAGUUAGCUGAAAAGAAGAUGGCGUUGGAAGAUCAGGUGGAACAGUUGAAGCAAGACGUGUCGGAGUUGGAGGCACUUCAAGAAGUACACGAACAACUGGUCGAGUCCAACCGGGAACUGGAGAUGGACUUGCGGGAGGAGCUGGAGAUGGCACAUGCUAAUACUAGAGAAGCAAUAAGAGAAAGAGAAGCAGCUCUAGAAACUAUAAUGGACAGGGAUUCAACUAUACUGAAGUUCAGAGAGCUGGUGCAAAAGAUGACAGAACAGUAUAACGAUAUCCGCACUCAACUUGAGUCCAAACAAGAUUCGCCAGCUCCGUCUUCAGAACAAGUAUCAACUCCAGAGCCGGUCCAGGCUCGUUCAUCCCCACCCGUGGAGCUUGGCUCCUUGGUGCACGCAUCCAGGGCUUCCACUAGAUCUAUUGACUUGCAGCUGCGAGCUUUAGAGCUGACCCAGGCUAAAGCCAGGGCAGAAAUGUUGGCUGCCUGCUUACCUGACCAUUUCAUGACCAGUGCAGGCGAUCACGACGCAAUACUUCUGAUAUUAUUACUGCAGCGGUUGAAAACGAAGGCUGAGAUCAUACUUGGACAAAUUCGAGAGAGGUUCCCACCAGUGAACGUUUGGGAUAGAGAAGUGGUAACGAAGACCCACACAGCGGUCCAGUAUAGCUUCCGUUGCCAGCUGGAAUACCAAUUACAAAUGAUACAAUGCUUCGUGAGCAUGUGGAGCGCGGCGCUGGAGUCGUGCACGCCGGCGCUGCUGCUGCGCUGCGCCAGCGCGCUGCCCGACGCCGCGCAGCAGGAGCGCGCGCUCGACGCGCUCGCGCACCUGCUCAAGGGCAACGAGCUCGACGAGAACUGCUCGCUCGACGGCGUGGAGCGCGUGUGGACGUACCUGUGCGCGAUGUGGUCGGCGCUGAGCCUGGGCGCGGCGGCGGGCGAGGGCGGCGUGGCGUGCGGCCCGCUGCAGCACGCGUGCGGCGCGCUCGACGCGCUCGCGCGCGCGCUGCACGCCGACGCGACCGCGCUCACGCAUAUAUUACAGCAAUCGGAACGUACACAAGAUUUGGGUCAACUCCACGAAACGAUCUGUACAGCCGCCGCAACGCUUCAGCAGCAGAUCAAGAGCGUAAGAAGGAAAUUACCGUCCGGUGUGAUGCUGCAGACUGUAUUGGAUCCUCAGCUAGUGGAACGCGUGCGCGGCGAAUGCGCAUCGUCUCUGUGGCGCUGCGCGCGCGCGACGUCGUUGGCCGCUCGAGCGGCGUGCGCGUGCGCCGCCACGGCCGGCGAGCGCGGGGACGGCGCGCCCCUCCCGCACGCCACCUUGCUGCAACUCUGGUCUGCCGCUGUGGAUAAGGUGUAUCAGCAGGAUGACCACGGUCCAGUACGCACCAUCAAACAUUCGCUGUCUCAAGUGUCGAGUGACGUCACCAAGUUGGCUAUCUUCACUCAAGACAAGGAGUACGAUAUAAUGUCGCUCACCAAUGUACAAUCUGAUAAGCCAACACCGCCAGUAGUCAUUCGUGCCCAACUGGUGAAGAAGCAAUUGGAAGAAACUAAGAGCCUCACCAUCAAAUUGGAGAACAAAGAGGCUGACAUCAGAGAGCUGAAGAAGACACUCAAGGCAAAACAAGAAGAGCUAUCAGAAAUGCAGAUCCGCCGGGAGCUCGGCGAGAAGAAGCUGUCCACCACAGCUCGUGAUGCGGAACUGCGCGCGGAACAGUUGCAGAGACGUUUGGAAGAUGCUCAUAAUCAACUCAAGAGAAAAGAGAAAGAGUUCGAAGAGACAAUGGAUCAUCUACAACAAGAUAUCGAUUCAUUGGAGACUGAACGUGGUGCUUUAAGAGAGAAACUGAAGCUAUUCCAAGCUAAGAGAGGUGGAACUCAUCACGAUUUGGAGUUCUUAACUGUGGUGCCGCCGGCGGUCCGAGCCUACAAUAAGGAAACACCAGUCAAAGUUACACCUGGAGUGUCUUCGGGAGAGGUCAAUGAAGCUCUUCAGCAUCAAAUCAAGAUGCUCAGUUGGACCGUGGACCGCGAGCGUUCGGCCCGAAUCACAGCGUGCCGCAAAGCGGAGAGGCUCGCGCUGCGCGCUUUGCGCCCGCUAGAGAACCCCGGUGCGCCCGCCGCCAAGGCACGGCGACAAGCUGCCGCUGCACUGGAGAAAGAGCUAGCCAAGUUACAGUCUGAAUGGACUCUAUUCGUGGCUCGGUCAGGGCUGGUAAAGUUCCCUUCAGAGCCGGGGCAGUAUGCCCACGCCUUACAACUGCACAGGGAGAAGCAGAGAGAAAUUAGAAGACAGCUAGAGACUCGUCUAGCAGCGUUACAAGCCGAGGUGAAGGAACAGCUCCUAGUCCAUCGCCCAUGGCGGUGCGUUGAGGCUGACUUCGCGGAGUUUCCUGCACCGGAAUUAGCAGCUGUGCUGUCAUCAAAGUCAGUGGACAUCGGUACUAUCACAUACCCGGCGCAUGCGCAGGCUCAGGCAGACGAAACUAUAUUCGUUACGCCCUCUCAGUUAGCCAGAUUACGUGAACUGGUGAAUGAGUUGCAUUCCAACGACGUAACAUUGGAGCUGCGAUCAUUGGAGAACACCGUAUGCGCCGCAUAA